AAAACAUAUUUACGGUAGAUUAGUCAAUAAUCAAUUGAAUUGGUUAUAAUUUUAGAUUUUUGGUAGAUUGGUCUAAAGUCUAAACCCCUUGAUCGCUGUUAAACCCCUAUACAUAGAAACAAAAUCUUGCAACAUUCUCUGCAAUUAUCAUUUGACGGCGAUGGCUGAUUCUUCAACAAACCCAAAGGAUCAACAAAAUACACGUCUCUAUCAUCCCUACCAACACCUCAACAUCCCCGUCGAUAAACUCUACAACCUCCCCAUCUCACCAGAACAUCUUUUCCCCGAAGAAGCUUCCAGAAAGCACCGAUCAUGGGGCGACAAUCUCCAGUACUACACCGGCACCGGCUACUUAUCCGGCGCGAUCAUCGGAGGUGUCAGGGGAACUGUAGAAGGUCUCAAGGCUUCUGAGUCUGGUGAGUCUCUUAAGCUCCGAGUUAAUCGAGUUCUUAACUCGGGUGGUCAAGGAGGUCGUAGAUUUGGUAACUCGCUUGGCGUGUUGGGAUUGAUCUUUGCGGGAUUGGAGAGUGGUAUGAUCCACUUUAGAGAUACGGAUGAUUUGGUCAAUAGCGCUGUUGCCGGACUUGGUACCGGAGCGCUUUAUAAGGCUGCUGCCGGUCCCCGAUCAGCUGCUAUUGCUGGUGCUAUCGGGGGAAUUGCGGCAGCUGUGGCAGUUGCCGGGAAACAGGCUUUGAAACGACAUAUUCCGAUAUAACGAAAUUAAUCAUAAUUUGAUUUUGGUGAGGGAUGUUGAAUGCUGAUUUAAUCCAAGUUUAGAUUAAAUCUGGUGUUGUAAUUGUAAUUUUAAUGUUUCUUUUGUUAGUUUUAAUGCAUGUUUAGAAUAACGGUGAAUUUGGCGAAUUCAUAUUGGCAAUGGCAACUUGACUUUGAUUACUGAAAUGUUGAUUAUGUUAAAUUCACUGAUAAUCUAAACAUGCAUUUAGUUGUUGUUACAUGUUAUACUGUUGUUAAUUGUUAGUAAUUUGCUAUUGUUUUUGUAAACCCUCGUGUAUUUAUUUAAUAAAUUGUUAAUAAUUCAUAUUUGAAUUAAGUGCUUCGAUGUUUAAUAUAAAAC